CGCCGGCCCGCCACAGACGUCGGUCUGUUGUUUACUUCCGGUCGCCCCGCGGCAACAUCGUGCUGUGAUCGCGCGUGCGCGGGGGGCAGUGCGCGUCCACCCGCGGCCCACACCUGUAGCGACGAAGGUAGACUUCUCUCCUCUUUUUUUCCCCCGUGGACAUGAAGCUUCCGGAUUACCUGUGCGCGCGCAUGUGGCGCCCAGUACGCGGCCGGAUCGCGGCGGCGCGAGACGACUGAAGAGUUGUGUUUUUUUUUUUUUUUUCUCUUCCCUCCACCGGGAGAAACGCGGAGGAUGGAUGAAGAACAUUUCGCGGUGGCGAGGGAGAGAGACAAGCUGCCACCGAUCUCACACAGCUCUUCUCCGACCGGACCGCCCCGCGGAGCCAAACAUCCGUUGCCGUCUCUCGGGACCCUCAUCGCCACGCUCAACCACAGGAGGGACGCGACGGGGCGAGCGGCGCCCGGCGGUGUCGGCGGCGGCGGCGGCGGCGGCGCAGCGGGCUUCAGGCACGUGCGUGAUCUCCCGCCAAUAUGCGGCAACGUGCGCCACAAGCAGCGAGCGUCCAUCGACACGCUGCCCCCGGAGGCCAAGGCUCCCUUCCCCGCCGACCCCGUCAUCCCGCUCCGCACCAAGACCGCCAAGGACUUCCUGGAGGACACGGAGCGCGCCGUGCUGUCAGGUGACUGGCGGGAGGUCCGGGAGUUUUACCUGACCACCUUCGACUCCUUCAUCGAGCUCAACGCCGCCUUCAAGCGAGAACCCAACGGGUGCUUCAACACCAUCGACGACUCCGGGGUCAACGCCAAGUUUGUCAACGUGGUCUUUGACUCUCUGCUUAGCGCCCCGCAGGACAUCCAGAAGUCGGUGCUGAAGGGCAUCAUCAACAGUCUGCUGCGGGAGUGGAAAGGGCCUCGCACCAAAGAUGACCUGCGUGCUUACUUCAUCCUGGUUCAGAACCCUCAGUACUCCAGCACCAGCACCUACGUGAUCUACGCCCACCUGUUGAGGCAGAUGGCAGCGCUGUCCGAGGCCGACCAUCACUUCCUGGUCCACUGGCUGAAAAAGUUGUCGGCGCGGCGUUUCCGUCAGCUGGUAGAGCGCCUCCUGCAGUUCAUCUCCACCCGGCUGUUUCCUGCCGAGCCCGACGACCUCCCGCCGGCGUCCAAGUGCACGUGGUGGAUCCCGUCGGCCACCAAAGUGCUCGCCCUCUUCAACGCGGCCAACAGCGUGGCGUCUCCUCCCAUCAUGCCGUUCACCGACUUCUACAACAUCACCCUGGAGCACAUCGACUUCAUGGAGGAGUAUCGGACCUGGCAGAGCUACGGAAACUCCAACAGGUUCUCCUUCUGCCAGUUCCCCUUCAUCCUGUCCACGGCGGUGAAGAAGGUCAUCAUCCAGAAGGACUCGGAGCAGCAGAUGAUCAGCCAGGCCAGGCAAAGUCUGGUGAGCAAAGUGUCGCGGCGUCAGCGCGUGGACAUGAACCUCCUCUUCCUCAACAUCAAAGUACGACGGGCGCAGCUCCUCGCCGACUCGCUGGACGAGUUGACCAGGAAGCGGUGCGACCUGAAGAAGAAGCUGCGAGUGACGUUCGUGGGAGAGGCGGGACUUGACAUGGGCGGUCUGACCAAGGAGUGGUUCCUGCUGCUCGUCAGGCAGAUCUUCCACGCCGACUACGGUAUGUUCACCUACAUGAAGGACUCACGCUGUCAUUGGUUCAGCAGCUGGAAGUGUGACAACUACUCCGAGUUCCAGCUCAUUGGGACUCUGAUGGGCUUGGCGGUUUACAACAGCAUCGCUCUGGACAUCCACUUCCCUCUUUACUGUUACAGGAAGCUGCUCACUCCGCCCACCAUACCAUGUGACCAGAAUGCCCUUGUUGGCAUGGCGACCGCCACCUUGGAGGACCUGCAGCAGAUCAUGCCGGAGCUGGCUCACGGCUUAGAGGAGCUGCUGAACUACGACGGGAACGUGGAGGAAGACUUUUAUCUCACAUUCCAGGUGUGUCAGGAGGAAAUGGGCGUGGUCAAAUGGUACAACCUGAAGCCAGGAGGCGACAAGAUACCUGUCAACAAACACAACAGGAAGGAGUACGUCCAUCUUUACGUGGACUUCCUGCUCAACAAGUCUAUCUGCAAGCAGUUUGCUGCCUUCUACCACGGCUUCCACAGUGUGUGUGCCUCUGACGCACUCAUGCUGCUGCGUCCGGAGGAGGUGGAGAUGUUGGUGUGUGGAAGUCCUCAGCUGGACAUGAACGCCCUGCAGCGGGCCGCCAUCUACGACGGAUACGGCAAGAACGACGCCACCGUCAGGAGUUUCUGGGAGGUGGUGCUUGCCUUCCCGCUGGAGCUGCAGAAGAAGUUGCUGCACUUCGCCACAGGAAGUGACCGCAUUCCCGUGGGAGGAAUGGCCGACCUAAACUUCAAAAUCUCCAAACUGGAUGCCCCCACCGACUGGCUGCCAGUAUCGCACACGUGCUUCAAUCAGAUCUGCUUGCCGCCGUAUCGCAGCAGGAAGGAGCUGAAGCACAAACUGACCAUCGCCAUCUCCAACGCCGAGGGCUUUGGCCUCCAGUGACCCGCCGCCAUCUUCCUUUGUUUUGCUCCCCCCUUCGACGCCGCCGCCUUUCUUAAAGGCACAGUACACGUGUAUUUAAAGGAACCCUACGUAACACGAGCCCCUCAACAAGUUAGCAGUGCAGCUAGCGCGCCCCCACUAGUACGCAUGUAAACGCAACCUCGCUACGUGCUAAGGAAGUUAGCAUAUCGUGUCGCCGGCUAGGAGGAAGCCUCCAUUGUUUGACCUUGUCGUGUCGUUUGUAGAAGAAGAAGAAAUUGUUUGGUGUAGUCUUUUGAUUGACAGCAGCCUUUCAGCCGAGCGUUAGCUUAGCAUUAGCUUAGCGGGACGGGUGGUGUAAUGACGAGAGCGUGAGAAAAGUUUGGUGCCAAGUGUGUUUCCAUGGUAACACCUGUUGCCAAAGCGCCGUCAGGCAAUGUGGGUCAACACACCCACGCACACACACACACACACACACACACAUACUGGUUAUCAUUUGGAAUGGGGACCAAGUUUUUGAUCAUGACUUGUGGGGACCAGCCUUUCUACAGGUUGUGGAGGCAUAACAAAAAUGGUGUAAAAUGUCCACUGCCCAGUUAGCUCAUACACGUCUUUAAAUCUCUGGAUUGAUGAAGUAAUGUGCUGAUCAUUCUUACUGGGGACCCUGGGGGAAAAGAGUUCAUAUGCUUCAUGGGGACCAAAUUUAAAUCAUUUUGCAUAAUUCACACAAAUUUGUACGUGACUACUGAGGACCAUUUAAAAAAAAAAAAGUUCAAAUUAGAUGUUAAACACGUUUACUUUUCAGUAGGGAUGUCCGAUAAUAUCGGGCUGCCGAUAUUAUCGGCCGAUAAAUGCUUUAAAAUGUAAUAUCGUAAAUUAUCGGUAUCGGUUUCGUUAUUGGUUUUUAAAAGUGAAAUGUAUGACGUUUUUAAACGCCGCUGUGUACACGGACGUAGGGAGAGGUACAGAGAGACAAUAAACCUUUAAAGGCCUACUGAAAUGAAAUUUUUGUAUUUAAACGGGGAUAGCAGAUCCAUUCUAUGUGUCAUACUUGAUCAUUUCGCGAUAUUGCCAUAUUUUUGCUGAAAGGAUUUAGUAUAGAACAACGACGAUAAAGUUCGCAACUUUUGGUCGCUGAUAAAAAAAAAAGCUUUGCCUAUACCGGAAGUAGCGUGACGUCACAGGAGGAAGGAUUCCUCACAAUUCCCCGUUGUUUACAAUGGAGCGAGAGAGAUUCGGACCGAGAAAGCGACGAUUACCCCAUUAAUUUGAGCGAGGAUGAAAGAUUCGUGGAUGAGGAACGUUAGAGUGAAGGACUAGAGAGGCAGUGCAGGGUGUAUCUUUUUUCGCUCUGACCGUAACUUAGGUACAAGGUCUCAUUGGAUUCCACACACUCUCCUUUUUCUAUUGUGGAUCACAGAUUUGUAUUUUAAACCACCUCGGAUACUAUAUCCUCUUGAAAAUGAGAGUCGAAAACGCGAAAUGGACAUUCACAGUGACUUUUAUCUCCACGACAAUACAUCGUUGACGCACUUUAGCUACGGAGCUAAUGUGAUAGCAUCGGGCUCAAAUGCAGAUAGAAACAAAAUUUAAAAAAACCCUGACUGGAAGGAUAGACAGAAGAUCAACAAUACUAUUAAACCAUGGACAUGUAAAUACACGGUUAAUAAUUUCCAGCUUGGCGAAGCUUAACAAUUGAAGCUAACUUAGCUACGGAGCGGCGGCGGGCGUUGUAGCUUUCGACGACACCCCAGCCGCCAUCAGAGUCGGCAAGAAACAUAUAUUUCCCCAAAGUUACGUACGUGACAUGCACAUAGCGACACGCACGUACGGGCAAGCGAUCAAAUGUUUGGAAGCCAAAGCUGUACUCACGGUAGUGCGUCUGCUAUCCAACUCAAACACAACACAACCUCCUGAUUGUGUUGCUGUAGUCCGCCGCUAAUACACCGAUCCCACCUACAACGUUCUUAUUUGCAGUCUCCAUUGUCCAUUAAACAAAUUGCAAAAGAUUCACCAACACAGAUGUCCAGAAUACUGUGGAAUUGUUCGAUGAAAACAGAGCAGUUUGUAUGGUGACACAUUGGGUACGAAUACUUCCGUUGCCGUCGUGACGUCACGCGCAUACGUCAUCAUACAUAGAAGUUUCCAACCGGAAGUUUAGCGGGAAAUUUACAAUUGCACUUUAUAAGUUAACCCGGCCGUAUUGGCAUGUGUUGCAAUGUUAAGAUUUCAUCAUUGAUUUAUAAACUAUCAGACUGCGUGGUCAGUAGUAGUGGCUUUCAGUAGGCCUUUAAGGCACUUCCUUUACGUGCAUGCCAUCCCAUUCACAUAAUAUCUACCAGCUUUACUCAUUACGCAUUGAUGCAAGACAUACUUGGUCGACAGCUGUACAGGUCACACUGAGGGUAGCCGUAUAAACAACUUUAACACUGUUACAAAUAUGCGCCACACUGUGAACCCACACCAAACAAGAAUGACAAACACAUUUGGGGAGAACAUCCGCACCGUGACACAACAUAAACACAACAGAACAAAUACCCAGAAUCCCCUGCAGCACUAACUCUUCCGGGACGCUACAAAAUAAACCCCCCCCGAUAACAAUGAGAAUAAAAAAUAUAACAGUAAAAUAAGAAUAUAACAAGAUAAACUAGGCAGUGGUGACCAUGUUAUGAAAAAGUAUUGCACUGUUAUUGUUUUGAGGCAUGUUAAAAAAAAAGAAGCUCUUUGUGACUUCAACAAUGAAUAUGGCAGUGCCAUGUUGGCAUUUUUUUCCCAUAACUUGAGUUGAUUUAUUUUGGAAAACCUUGUUACAUUGUUUAAUGCAUCCAGCGGGGCAUCACAACAAAAUUAUUGAUUGAUUGAUUGAGACUUUUAUUAGUAGAUUGCACAGUGAAGUACAUAUUCCGUACAAUUGACCACUAAAUGGUAACACCCGAAUAAGUUUUUCAACUUGUUUAAGUCGGCGUCCACUUAAAUUGAUUCAUGAUACAGAUAUAUACUAUCAGAUAUAUACUAUCAUCAUAAUACAGUCAUCACACAAGAUAAUCACAUUGAAUUAUUUACAUUAUUUACAAUCAGGGGUGUGGGGGGGGGGGGUGGGUUUGGUUGUUAUCAUCAUUUCAGUCAACAAUUGAGAACAGAGAGAGAGAGAUCAGAAGGCAUAAGAAAAAGUAUUUGCAUUUGAUUGUUUACAUUUGAUUAUUAGCAAUCCGGGGAGGGUGUUAGUUUAGGGUUGUAGCUGCCUGGACGUGAAGUUUUAUUGCGGUUUUGAAGGAGGAUAGAGAUGCCCUUUCUUUUACACCUGUUGGGAGCGCAUUCCACAUUGAUGUGGCAUAGAAGGAGAAUGAGUUAAGACCUUUGUUAGAUCGGAAUCUGGGUCUAACGUGGUUAGUGGAGCUCCCCAUGGUGUUGUGGUUAUGGCGGUCAUUUACGUUAAGGAAGUAGUUUGACAUGUACUUCGGUAUCAGGGAGGUGUAGCGGAUUUUAUAGACUAGGCUCAGUGCAAGUUGUUUUACUCUGUCCUCCACCCUGAGCCAGCCCACUUUGGAGAAGUGGGUAGGAGUGAGGUGGGAUCUGGGGUGUUAUAGGCAUAAUAAUGUGUUAAUUCCACGACUGUAUAUAUCAGUAUCGGUAAUUAAGAGUUGGACAAUAUCGGAAUAUCGGAUAUCGGCAAAAAAGCCAUUACCGGACAUCUCUACUUUUCAGUAAACAUGAUUUAUGGGCCAAAGCUUAAAAAUGACUUAGUCAUCUUCAGAAUGGAUCUAACUAUCAUUUAAAAAGAUUUCCAUUUAGGGGACCUGUUUUUUUGUCCCCAUACCGUCAGAGGUCCCCUAAAGGUGACUGUGUAAACAGAGCGAUGUCCCCAUUAAGUAAGCAUUGCCAGAACACACACACACACACACACACACACACACACACACACACACACACACACACACACACACACACACACACACACACACACACACACACACACACACACACACACACAGCGAGAGAGGCCAGUGGCUCUCAAAGCUUCUUUUGUCUCACUCAGUCAGUCGCCAUCCCAGUCCUGAUGACACAAGUGCGUAAACAGGAAGUAGUUGUGUUGUAAUUAGAGAUGUCCGAUAAUAUCGGCCUGCCGGUAUUAUCGGCCGAUAAAUGCUUUAAAAUAUAAUAUCGGAAAUUAUCGGUCUCGUUUUUUUAUGAUCGGUAUCGUUUUUUUUGUUUUUUAAAAAAAAAUUAAAUCAACAUAAAAAACACAAGAUACAAUUAGUGCACCAACCCAAAAAACCUCCCUCCCCCAUUUACACUCAUUCACACAAAAGGGUUGUUUCUUUCUGUUAUUAAUAUUUCUGGUUCCUACAUUAUAUAUCAAUAUAUAUCAAUACAGUCUGCAAGGGAUACAGUCCGUAAGCACACAUGGUUGUGCGUGCUGCGCUGGUCCACUAAUAGUACUAACCUUUAACAGUUAAUUUGACUCAUUUUCAUUCAUGACUAGUUUCUAUGUAACUGUUUUUAUAUUGUUUUACUUUCUUUUUUAUUCAAGAAAAUGUUUUUAAUUUAUUUAUCUUAUUUUAUUUUUUUAUUUUUUUUUUAAAGUACCUUAUCUUCACCAUACCUGGUUGUCCAAAUUAGGCAUAAUAAUGUGUUAAUUCCACAACUGUAUAUAUCGGUAUCGGUUGAUAUCGGUAUCGGUAAUUAAAGAGUUGGACAAUAUCGGAUAUCGGCAAAAAGCCAUUAUCGGACAUCCCUAGUUGUAAUUUAAAUAAUUUUAAAAUCAUUUUUUAAAAGGUAAAUAAUUUUGCAUAAUUCACACAAAUUUGUGCAUGACUACUGAGGACCAUUAAAAA